UUCAAACAACCGUAAGUUUAUUCUCACAACCAUGCACUUUCUUUGUUCUCCUUCAUAAUUUGAAUCACAUUCCCUUUUAUGUAGGGUGAAAACAACAAGGAAGAACUCCUCAUGCGGUUCAACACCAUCUACGGUGUUGCCAAGGAGUGCUCCACCGAGCUCAGGCCAAGCAUCAAGACCGUUGAAGAAACCGUCAAGAGCGUGGUAGGUCCCGUCAACGAGAAAUUCCACCUCGUUCCCGAUGAGAUCCUCCGUCACACCGAUCAAGACCACCAUUACACUGGCCAUCAAACUCCUGUUGCCAACAUAGCCACCGUGUCAGAAAUGGCGAUGAGGAUUUACGCGAAGUACGAGCCUGUGGCAGAGCAGAAUGUGGCUUCUGCGUGGAGGAAGGUGAAACAGUCUCCGGUGUUCCAUCGGGUGGCGAAUGUGGUUGCGUCGAAGGCUGCGAUUUGCGCGGAGAAGUACAACAAUGCGGUUAUCGGUGCCGCAGAGAAGGGUUGUAAGGUCUCAGCGUACACGCCUUUGGUGCAUACAGAGAGGAUAGCUAACGUGUUUGGUGAAUUUUGAAUAAACUUUUUUCUUUUUUAGACAUUUUUUGCUGACAAUGAUGGUUUCAGUGGGUUUGAUGAUAAAUGCGACGUGCAAUUUAUUGGACACGGAUGAAUUCGCUUGUUGUGUUUUUUGGCUUCCGUUCACAUGGUAAAAUGAACUCCUUACUUCAGAUAAAGCAAAAAUAAUUUAAUGGCAAAUAUAAUAAUAUAUACUCCAUCCUUACU